AUGAAUUCCCCCCCCCCCCCCUUUUUGUCCCUGGGGGGCUGGGUCCCCCACAAAAACACAACCAGGGACAAAAAAUUGGGGGGGGGGGGGGGGGGGGGGGGGGGGGUGGAAAAAUACGGGGGGGGGGGGGGGGGGGGGGGGGGGGACAAAAACAACAAAAAAAAAAAAAAAAAAAAAAUGGAUAAAAAAAAAAAAAAAAAAAAAAAAAAAAAAAAUAUAAAAAAAAAAAAAAAAAAUAAAUUUAUAUAA